AUGGCUUCUGUUUUCCAUGGACACUUCUCUUCCCUCCGUGAUUCUGCUCCGCCUCCAUUCAUUUCCCACUUACAUCUCCCUGAAACGUCCACUUUUCGCCGUUUCUCGACGUCCGGCCUCGCUGUCGACCAUAAUGAUUCGGAUCACGUCGCUUUGGUAUCCGAGAUCUUCUCUAAGCCAACACGAAGUAACGACGAGAUCUCGCUGGAGCUCCAAUCCAGCAAUGUGGUCAUUACCCACGAGUUGGUUUUGAAGGUUCUGAAGAGUCUUAACGCUGUCCCAGAUGCUUCCAGGAGGUUUUUUGAUUGGGUUUCCGCAACCAAAGGUGAGAAAUUGUCUUCAAAAUCUUACAAUUUAAUGUUGGGUAUUUUGGGUGUUAAUGGGUUAGUCGAUGGAUUCUGGGACUUGGUUGAUGUUAUGAAGAAGAUGGGAUAUGGAGUGUCUAAGGGAACACAGGUUAAGGUUUUAGGAAAAUUUGAUAAAGAAGGGAUGCAGAUUGAUUCAGAGAAGCUAAAAGAAUUAUAUGCGUGUGGGUCAUUGGACAAUUCUAUUGAAAAGGUCAGUUCAAGAAUUUGUAAGUUGAUUAGACAAGAACUGUGGGGGGAGGAAGUUGAGAAUCGAUUGCGGGAAUUGAAUAUUGAUUAUUCCAGCGAUUUGGUUGCAAUGGUUUUGGAAAGCCUUGGAACAAAACCAAACAAAUCUUUGAUAUUCUUCCGAUGGGUUGAAGAGAGCAGUUUGUUCAAGCAUGAUGAAGAGAACUUAUAA